UCAAAUCUCUCUCUCUUUCUCAGUCCAGAAAAUAAUAUUCCUCCGUCGUCGUCAAGAACAAACAUCAAUUUCAAUUGAAAUCCAAAAUAAUUGAAAUUAUCGAGAGAGAGAGAGAUAAAAAGAGAGAGAGAGAGAGUUUGAAUCCUCCAUCACAAGCUUAUGCAGACGCUACACCAGUCCCAACUUCUCCAGAACUCGGCCGAGCCGGCGAACAAUAAUCAGUCGGAAUCUGACGCGCCGCCUAAACAGGUGGCUCAAGCAAUGGAACGACUUAACCAAGCGGCUAGGGUUAUCGCCGAUAUCCGCCUCGGCGCUGAUCGUAUCCUUGAAGCAAUGUUCGUUGCUUCGCAACCUCGUCACACCGAUAUGCCUCUUCAGCUCUUUCUCAGAGAAGACGCCUCUAUGCGUCAACAUCUUCAGGAUCUUCGCUUAAUCGGGAAGAAGUUGGAAGAAUCUGGAGUGUUAACUGAGUCUCUUAGGUCAAGAAAUAACUCAUGGGGUCUUCAUAUGCCAUUGGUUUGUCCAGAUGGUGCAGUCGUUGCUUAUGCUUGGAAAAGACAGCUCGCUGGUCAAGCUGGUGCCUCUGCUGUUGAUAGAACCAGAUUAGCUCUCAAGGCCUUCACGGAUCAGAAAAGGCGAUUCUUUCCUCACAUUGAUGAUGGAUUGAAGAUGGAACCAAGAUCGAAAAAGCUUUGUGCUUCUCAUUUGGUAUCAGAAAAUGAAAGAGAGGAGCCGGUUGAUUACAAAACAUUGCCAGAUAUACAAUCACGUUUAGAGAAGCUGGUCCCGGAUGUGAAGGUGUCUACUUAUGGACGCUUGAACUGGCUGAAGAGAGCUAAUUAUUUACCUGGUUCAACUAGUGAUGAUCCAACAGAAGCUUCCAAGCCUAUUUUCCAGAGUUCUAGUAAGCUGAGAUCAGGGAUACAGAACGAAAUUGUUGAUAAGAUUGCUGUGAUUGAAUUAUCGUUUCCGUCUGUAUUCAGAGCUGUAGUCUCAUUGAAUCCAGCUGGUUCUGUUGAUCCAGAUGCAGUUGCAUUCUUCUCUCCAGAUGAAGGAGGUAGCUACUUACAUGCGAGAGGAUUCUCGGUUUAUCAUGUGUACAAACACAUCACGGAACAUGCUGCUACGGCCUUGCAAUAUUUUCUCGGCUUUGGUACUGGAACAGCUCUCUAUUCUCUUCUGCUAUGGAUAUGCAGUUUUGAAUCCCUUUUUAGCAAACCAUGCAGUAAAUGUGGAAAACUAUUAGCAAUGGAUAAUAAGUCUGCGUUGAUCUUACCCCCUCUACACCGCGCUUACCAGGAAUUACCUCAUGCGGUUAAAACUGGGGAAGUCAACCUGGAUAUUUGUGAAGCUUACCACUCCAGUUGCUCUCCAGAUGAUUCCUAGUUAUCCAGUAAUUAGGAAGGAUCAAUUAAAGAUUAGAAUUAGGUUCUCAGAAAAUCUUGUAUGAAUCUUAAGUAUCUGCUUUGGACACCUCUUGUUUGUUGUCCCAUAUCGAGGUUAGGUUCAUUAUACAUCAUUCUCUUUCUCUUCUAUGGUUGAGAUGUAUUAGGAAAUGGCAACUGAUGAUACAUGUGAAUGUUGUCUUCUUUCGAGAGAUUUAAUCUGUGUUCACGAGAUGACAGAACAAAGACUUUUUUGUACUCAGUUCACAUUA